AUGGGUCUCCAGUCUCACCUCCAUCUGAGCCGCUUGUCGAGUCAACGAGCUGCCCCUGUACCUCAACGUCUCAACACCCUGGGGAUCCUGCACUGUGGGGGCCCGUUACAGAGCAGCUCCGGGAAGAGGCGAUCUACCGAGGGCCUGCAGCUUUCCAGAACCGGGCUGCCAAGUAUCCUGCAUCGCGGAUUCUGUGAUUGGAAACAUCCAGAGAGGAUUAGUGAUCACGAAAAGAGCGCAGAACACAGACAAAACAUGCUGUCUUUAUUGCACAGGUCUAAUUACACAUGCAGAGUGGACGCUUCUCUUGCCCGACAGUGUGAGGCAGAACAGCAGUACUGGAAAGAAGUCCUUAGACGUGUGGUUGCUGUUAUUAAAUUUAUGGGAGCUAGAGGACUGCCAUUUCGAGGCGACAACGAACUGCUCGGCUCCGCGCACAAUGGGAACUAUUUGGGACUGCUUGAACUGAUAGCGGAGUUUGACCCCUUUUUAAAAGAGCACAUUGAGAAGCAUGGCAAUAAGGGUAGAGAUAAGCCAUCUUACCUGUCCUCAACUGUGUGUGAAGAAUUUAUUUCAUUAAUGGGUGACAAAACUAAGAAAGUGAUAGCAGAGGAAAUCAGACACGCUAAAUAUUUCUCUGUGAUCAUUGAUUCAUCACCAGAUUUAGCACACGUAGAUCAGCUCACAUUUGUUUUUCGUGUUGUCAGUGCAGAUGGCAGAGUAGUGGAAAGAUUAAUUGGGUUUGAGCCCAUCCACAGCCACACAGGUGUAAGCCUAGCUGAAGCUGUGAUUGAAAUGGUGCGAGGCUUGGGGUUAGACUUGUCAAACUGCCGUGGCCAAAGUUACGGUAAUGCUAGCAAUAUGUCUGGCAAAUACAGCGGGCUCCAGGCGCACUUGAAAAAACAAAACCCAUUAAUUCAUUAUACACCGUGUGCUGCCCAUUCGCUGAACCUCGUAGGUGUUAACUGCAUUGAUAAUUGCUGUGAGGAGGUUAACUCUUUUUUUGACCUGUUGCAGUCUAUGUAUACAUUUUGCAGCUCAUCAACACAUCACUGGAAUACAGUUUUCCAUAACAGCAAACAUCACAUUAAAUACACUCUAAUCCCUCAGCACCACUAG